CCGACACUUUGCCUUAAAAACAUCAACUGUCACGCCCGCAUCACCCAGAGCGCAAAUGAUUUAUCCCUAAUUCAAAAUGGCUGCUUUCAGGAUGAGCUUGACUUUUUCGUCGGCGACCUCGAAGUUAUCUUGCCUUCGCUUAGCCCUACGACGAAGUUCCAGUCUUUCCUUACGCCAAGACUUAGCUGGACAAAUAGGGAAACGUUGUGCGCGAAAUUGGUGUUUUUCCGCUGCAGAAACGCCGUGUUUUCGACCGGGGACUGGUCUUACAUCAUACAGCAACGUGCAGUCUAGAACAUUCCGAGGCCUCGACGGUCGCGCGCUCAGCUCAACACAACAACUGCUACACAGAAAUCUUUUACACAAUUCAGGACAGUAUUAUCUACAAAAUAGGCCGUUCUCGGGACUAGGAGGUGGACAGGACGAUGGAAACAGCAGCAGCAGUAGCUCGGGAAGCGAUGGUGGAGAGGAGGGGGAAGGGGACGGGUUGAGCGGUGGGGAGGGGGGCGGUCCCGGAGACCAGCCGCCCAUGUCGUACACACCCCCGCCCAUGUCCGCUCUCACUACGAUGACAGUGCCCGAGGUUUUCCCUAACGUUCCUCUAGUUCCUGUCAGCCGAAACCCCGUCUUUCCACGGUUUAUCAAGAUAGUAGAGAUCAGUAACAAGCCGCUGAUGGAACUGCUGAGGAAAAAGGUUCGACUUGCCCAGCCAUACAUUGGGGUCUUCCUGAAGAAAGAUGACAGUAAUGAAUCAGAAGUGAUUACAAACCUUGAGGAAGUAUAUGACAUCGGCACAUUCGCACAGAUCCACGAGAUGCAGGAUCUUGGAGAGAGGAUCCGCAUGAUUGUCAUGGGUCAUAGGAGAAUCAAGCUGCUUGGCCAGCUGGCACUAGAACAGGUGGAACCAGCUGAUGUGGAGACAGGUGAGGUCCCACCUGGUCCGUCUGAGACCGUCACGCACCUGGAAAGCGUGCUGACGUCCCAGGAUGCACCACCUGCCGCGGACCCUGAACCUCUGGACGCAGAAGCACCCGAUCAAACCCUGAUGGUGGAAACAGAAAACUUUACUCAUGACAAGUUUCAGAUGACCACAGAAGUCAAGGCACUUACAGCAGAGGUGGUCAAGACUAUACGAGACAUCAUUGCUCUAAACCCAUUGUACAGGGAGUCUGUUGCACAGAUGAUCCAUGCAGGACAGAAGGUUAUAGACAACCCUGUCUACCUCAGUGAUCUGGGUGCGGCCCUGACCAGUGCAGAGUCCUAUGAACUACAGGAAGUUCUGGAGGAGACAAACAUUCCUAAGAGACUAAUGCAGGCCCUGGCUCUACUAAAGAAAGAGUAUGAACUAAGCAAACUGCAGCAGAGACUGGGCAGAGAGGUUGAGGAGAAAGUGAAGAUGACCCACAGGAAGUACAUGCUUCAAGAACAGCUCAAGAUCAUCAAGAAGGAGCUGGGUCUGGAGAAAGAUGACAAGGAUGCAGUAGCUGAGAAAUUCAAGGAAAGACUCAAGGAAUUGACUGUGCCAUCUGCAGUAAUGGAGGUGAUAGACGAGGAGCUGAACAAACUGUCUUUCCUUGAUCCACAUUCCUCAGAGUUCAAUGUGACCCGUAACUACCUGGACUGGCUGACCAGCAUGCCGUGGGGGAAGUACAGUGAGGAGAACCUUGACCUGGCUCGAGCACGGGCAGUUCUGGAGGAGGAUCACUACGGCAUGGACGAUGUCAAGAACAGGAUUCUGGAAUUUAUCGCAGUAAGCCAGCUGAGAGGCAGUGUCCAGGGGAAGAUCCUGUGUUUCUACGGACCGCCUGGAGUCGGCAAAACCAGCAUAGCUCGCUCCAUUGCCAGGGCCUUGAGUAGGGAGUAUUUCCGGUUCAGUGUCGGAGGCAUGACAGACGUGGCAGAGAUCAAAGGUCACCGGCGCACGUACGUGGGAGCCAUGCCUGGCAAGGUCAUCCAGUGUCUGAAGAAGACGAAGACUGAGAACCCACUUGUCCUGAUUGACGAGGUGGAUAAGAUCGGGCGGGGUUACCAAGGCGACCCCAGCUCCGCCCUUUUGGAGCUGCUGGACCCGGAACAGAAUGCCAACUUCCUGGACCAUUACUUAGAUGUGUCGGUGGACUUGUCAAAGGUUUUGUUUAUCUGCACAGCUAACAUAAUUGACACCAUCCCUGAGCCGUUACGAGACAGGAUGGAGAUGAUUGACGUCUCCGGUUAUGUCGCUCAGGAGAAACUUGCCAUAGCUGAGAAAUACCUUGUUCCCAAGGCAAGACUAGAUGCCGGGGUGAGUGAGGAAAAGGUGUCCCUUGAUGAGGACGCCAUCAGUGCACUCAUCAAGUCAUACUGUAGGGAGAGUGGGGUCCGUAACCUGGAGAAACAGAUACAAAAGGUAUUCCGUAAGGCGGCGUAUAAACUGGUGAAUGGGGACGCGGAACACGUGACCGUGAUGGCGGAAAACCUGCAGGACUACGUUGGCAAACCCAUCUUCACCAGUGAGAGAAUGUACGCCAACACCCCUCCUGGGGUAGUCAUGGGCCUGGCCUGGACAAGUCUGGGUGGUUCUACCCUGUACAUUGAGACCUCCCUCAGGUUGCCGAGAGAUUCCGAAUUUAAAGAGGGUUCCUUGGAACUGACGGGCCAGCUAGGGGAUGUGAUGAAGGAGUCGGGGAAGAUCGCCUACACGUUCGCCAAGUCAUUCCUGACAGAGAAGGACCCAGACAACAACUUUCUGUCAACGUCUCACUUACACUUACAUGUUCCAGAGGGAGCAACACCAAAGGAUGGACCUAGUGCAGGCUGUACCAUUGUGACUGCCCUGCUGUCAUUGGCUGUUGGGAAGCCAAUCAGACAGAAUGUAGCAAUGACAGGGGAGUUGUCACUCACAGGCAAGGUUCUACCGGUUGGUGGCAUCAAAGAGAAAACCAUAGCGGCCCGUAGAGCAGGAGUGGACUGCAUCAUUCUCCCAGCAGAAAACAGGAAGGACUUCUCCGACCUCCCAGGCUUCAUCACUGAGGGGCUGGAAGUACACUUUGUGGAACACUAUAAGGACAUCUACGGCAUUGUGUUCCCUUAAAGACAUCAUUCUACAGUACGGUGUCAUGUUCCA